UCCUCAAAAAAAAAAAAAAAAAAAAAAAAAGGUAGGUUAUCUCAACCACCAUCACUGACUCUCUCACUAGCACCUCUUGGUGCGAAAAAUCAUAGCUUUGUUUGCUUUUUAGUGCAUUGGAUGCCACAUUAGCUAGCACCCAUCACCUCAGAGAAAUCAUAACUACUAACUACAGAGUUGUUACUGUGUUUAACAAGCAUUCCCGAGCAAAGAUAAGAGACUCCUUGAUUCAGAUCUGAAAAAAGAAUGAAACAGCUCGUUAUCUGCUUGAUUUGAUAAAGAGUUAGGAAAUGGAAGAUCUGGGUUUUGUUUUGAGUUGGAUUUUCUUGGUGGGUCUGGUUUUUAUUCAAGGAAAUGCAGACCCAGUUGAGGAUAAGCUAGCUUUGCUUGAGUUUGUGAACAAUUUGCCUCACUCUCGCUCUCUAAAUUGGAACCAGAGUAACUCUGUGUGUGCCUACUGGACUGGAGUGACUUGCAAUGAGGAUAAAUCUCGAGUAACAGCCGUACGAUUGCCUGGAAUUGGAUUUAAUGGUCCGAUUCCGCCUUACACUAUAAGCCGACUCUCAGCUUUGCAAGUUUUGAGCCUCAGAUCCAAUUUAAUAUCUGGGAACUUCCCUUCAGAUUUUGCUAAUCUCAAAAACCUGUCUUUACUGUACCUUCAAUUCAACAACUUCUCGGGUCCAUUGCCAUUGGAUUUCUCAGUUUGGAAGAACUUAACUAUUAUCAAUUUGUCUAACAAUGGUUUCAAUGGAAGCAUUCCUCACUCACUUUCGAAUUUGACCCAGUUGGCAGGUUUGAAUCUUGCAAACAAUUCACUCUCCGGUGAACUCCCUGACCUCAAUUUGCCAAGAUUGCAAGUGCUAAAUGUGUCUAACAAUGAUCUCAAUGGUACUUUGCCCAAGUCACUUGAGAGGUUUCCAAGGUCUGUGUUUAGUGGCAACAACAUUUCUUUUGAAAGUGUUACUCCUAAUAUGCCACCAGUGUUUCCACCCUCUUCAGAAUCUUAUCCCAAGCCUAAGAAUUCAGGGAGGCUUGGUGAAACGGCUUUGUUAGCAAUUAUAGUUGCUGGUGGUAUUCUGGGGGUUGUGGCAUUUGCUUUUCUGAUACUAGUUUGCUGCUUGAGAAGAAAAAGGGUAGAUAUGUUAUCGGAUAAGUUGCAGAAGGGAGAGAUGUCGCCAGAGAAAGCAAUUUCAAGGAGUCAAGAUGCGAAUAAUAGACUGGUUUUCUUUGAGGGUUGUCACUAUACAUUUGAUUUGGAGGAUUUACUGAGGGCCUCUGCUGAGGUACUGGGAAAGGGGACAUUUGGUACGGCUUAUAAGGCGAUUCUAGAGGAUGCAACCACUGUGGUGGUAAAGAGGUUGAAGGACGUAAGCUCUGGGAAGCGGGAUUUCGAGCAGCAAAUGCAGGUUGUAGGGAGUAUCAAACAUGAGAAUGUGGUGGAGCUGAAGGCAUAUUACUAUUCCAAAGAUGAGAAGCUGAUGGUGUAUGAUUAUUUCAGCCAGGGGAGUGUUUUUGCUUUGUUGCAUGGUAAAAGAGGAGAGGAUAGGACCCCUUUGGAUUGGGAUACCCGACUAAGAAUAGCUAUAGGUGCAGCAAUAGGCAUUGCUCGUAUUCAUUUAGAGAAUGGUGGGAAACUCGUUCAUGGCAACAUUAAAUCCUCGAAUAUCUUUCUCAAUUCCAAAAAGUAUGGAUGUGUUUCUGAUGUUGGCUUGACAACAAUAAUGAGCUCACUGGCCCCACCUAUCUCCCGUGCUGCUGGAUACCGAGCCCCAGAAGUGACAGACACCCGAAAAGCAGCACAGCCCUCUGAUGUCUACAGCUUUGGGGUGGUGUUAUUGGAGCUCCUCACUGGAAAAUCCCCCAUUCAUACUACUGCUGGUGAUGAGAUUGUUCACUUGGUCAGGUGGGUUCAUUCAGUUGUCCGAGAGGAGUGGACAGCAGAAGUGUUUGACCUAGAGCUGAUGAGGUACCCAAAUAUUGAGGAAGAGAUGGUGGAGAUGUUACAGAUAGCUAUGUCAUGUGUAGUGAGGAUGCCAGAUCAGAGACCUAAAAUGCUGGAGGUAGUCAAAAUGAUAGAAAAUGUCCAGCGGCUUGAUAGUACUGAGAAUCAUCCAUCACCCGGAAACAAAUCUGAAAGUUUGACCCCACCACAACUGGUGGUUGGGACAGAAUCUUCCACUUCUUCACAGUGAGUGAACCAUUUGUUCAUCUUUUUUCCCUGGUCUGGUGGUGCAUUUUCAGUUCAAUUCAUCCAAGAUGUUUUGUUUUGCUCUUGUUACUGAACAAAAUUAUGAUUAAUUUUCAUCGACCUGAUCCCAGUAAGGUAGAGUUAGAUCAGGUUACAUGUCGGUGUAUUAGUAGGCUGUUAAUGCCCAUGAUAGUGGUAAGAUGUGCUCUAUAACUUAAUUCUCUCCCUUGCUCUCUCUGAUGCACAAACAGCAAUCUCAUGGAAUGCUCUGCUUAAUUGAAUGCAGAAUCAGGCAACUUUGAAUGCACGUAUAACUUCCUGCAUAUAGAGCACAAUUUGUCAAA